UUUUUAAAAAACAAACGUUAUUGACGUUAAUGAAGUGAUUUAAAAAUUGAUUUCAUUUGAUUGGCAAGUAUUUCAGUUUUCAAUUCAAUUCAGUUCUUUUCAGUCAAUUUUCUUCUUCUUCAGUUUUUUUUUGUUCAUAAAUCAACACAUUUUUCUCGGUGUGUUUCUUGUUAGUGGUCGUGGUGGUCUUUUUUGGUUUGUUUCUUUUUUUUUCAUCGGAUCAUCGAAUCAUUUCGUUUUCUGUUUACAAUUAACGUUUUUGAUGACCAGACACGUGUUGAGACGUGGUAGAAAAACACAUUAACAUUGUCAUUUUUUUGGAUUUCUUGAUUGAACAUGUGUUUGUGUUUCUAUGAAAGAUUGAUGAUAUGGAAAAAUGAAUGGCAUAACGACAAAUAUAAUGGAUCAAGAUAAAAUGAUCAUCAAUCUACCUCAUCAUCAUCAUCAAAAACAAAUGGUGGCAAAAUUUUCGCAUAAAAAUCUAAAAAAACCAUUCAAAAUGAGCUAUCGACGUUUAUUAUCAAUAAUAUUUAUCAUAUUGACUAUUAUAAAUAUCAUAUCGAUGGUCAUCUAUACAUCUAUUUAUUUGAAUAAAAUAGACAAAAAAGAACAUUUGGAAAAACAUGAUUAUUUAAUAUCACAACGUACUAAUCCAACGAAUCGUGAUGCCUAUUCAAUUGUACGAUUCAUUAAUUUUACGGCCAUGAUUGCCAAUAUUGUUGUACGAAUUUUCGGUCUUAUCGCUAUCGGUGUAUGUGGCCGUGAAUAUUCUUAUACAGAAUUUGAAUCAAGUGAUCGUCGUGAAUCAUUUACCGGUUGUUUAGCAUAUACAUGUGCUAUGAUCAUUUUAUUGGCCGCCUAUUAUGUUGGCAUUGUACGUUUGAUUACACAUGAUCUACUUAUUCAUUGUGUUUUGACCAUUUUGGGUGGUAUUUUUAUCGCUUUUUCAUUACAACAUACGGAUACUUAUUCCAAAGAAUUGAAUAUAUUGUCAAUUUAACAAUCUAGCAUCAACAACCAAACUUUCAUCAGAAAUGCCAAAAA